AAAAGGUUGUUCAGUGCGCCUCCGUCCAGACGUCUGGCGGAUGUGAGACCAGAGCGGUCCAAAGACAGCUUCGACUUGGAUGUGGAUGACAUCAUUUGUGCUUCCUGUCCACAUGUGCAGCGCUGUUGUUGGGGAAAGUAUUGAUCUUUUUCAUGGGGCAUCGAAGGUCCUGAUGGAUCAUGACCUUUGGGUGAUGUGCUGGAAUGAUGUCAUAGAAGCACAUGGCAUUCAUUUUCUCGUAUUCUGACUUUCAUUGCCAAAAUUCCGGCAUAUAACGAGCCAAAAAUGAACCAAAAACACAUUUUUUCCCCCUCUCUAAUACGGCAGCCACUAGCCAUUUUUGCUAAUUGAAGAGGACAAAAUGGCAUACAUAUGUUUUUUUUUUUUCCAAAAGGAACUUUAAAUCAAGAGAACGUUUUGAUCAAAGCCAUCACGUGUGGUCUUUGUGAAGAAGCUUUAAAGGAGAACCUUUGAACUGGACCUUCAAGUUCAGGAGGAGGCGAGCCAGGAUGGGAGGAGCAGAGAGAAGCGAGCUUGUCGGGAGGAGGAGCUGUCUGGUGAAAGUGGAGCAGAAGGGGCGUGUCCUUGCGUGCCGACUCUGAACAGGUCGUCUGCUCUGACUGAGAUGCUGCGGCCAGGCGGCGGAGGAGGAAGUGGAGGAUGUGCAGGAGGCUGAGGAGCAGAUGACUUGUUGCUCGUGAGGCUGCUCACCAGGGAUGAGUUGGCUCCUCUUGUGGAUUCUCACUGCAGUCGGGAUUCAACAGGCCAACUCCCAGAAUUCCACUGCCAUGCCGCCGUCCUCCACGGCCCCGCCCCACCCGGCAGCGGCGGCAGUCCCUUCCCCGUCCCCGUGGGCCGAGUCGUACAACCGCACCCAGUACUGCAAGUGGCCCUGCCAGUGUCCCGCCCGGCCCCCCGCCUGCCCGCCGGGCGUGAGCCUCCUGACGGACGGCUGCGACUGCUGCAAGGCCUGCGCCCGGCAGGUGGGCGAGGCGUGCAACGAGGCAGACACGUGCGACCACCACAAGGGCCUGUACUGCGAUUACAGCUCGGACAAGCCGAGGUACGAAAAGGGAGUGUGUGCAUACAUGAUGGGCACGGGCUGCGAGCACGACGGCGUCAUCUACCGCAACGGCCAGAGCUUCCAGCCCAGCUGCAAGUACCAGUGCGUGUGCGUCAACGGCGCCAUCGGCUGCGUGCCGCUCUGCACUGAGUCGCGGCCGCCUCGCGUCUGGUGCCAGAGCCCGCGACGGGUCAAAGUGCGCGGGCAGUGCUGCGAGCAGUGGAUCUGCGACGAGCCCAGGAGGGGGCGCAAGACGGCGCCGCGGCACGCCGUAGAAGCCGCCCCGGCUGAGCAGAGCGGCUGGCACAAGAACUGCGUGAGCCAGACCACCUCGUGGAGUCCCUGCUCCAAGACGUGCGGGCGCGGCCUGUCGCUGAGGGUCUCCAACGCCAACGAGCGCUGCGAGCCGGUCAAGGAGUCGCGGCUGUGCAACCUGAGGCCGUGCGAGGUGGACAUCAGCAAGCACAUCAAGCCCGGCAAGAAGUGCGUGAACAUCUACCGCGAGGAGCGGCCGUCCAACCUGACCAUCUCGGGCUGCACCAGCAGGAAGCAGUACCGGCCCAAGUUCUGCGGCGUGUGCACGGACGAGCGCUGCUGCAUCCCCUACAAAUCCAAGACGGUGGACGUGGACUUCCUGUGCCCCGACGGCUCGGCCUUCACCUGGAAGAUGAUGUGGGUGCAGGCCUGCUUCUGCAACCUCAGCUGCAGGAACCCCAACGACAUCUUUGCCGAGCUGGAGAGUUACUACGGCUACCCGGAGGUCAUGAACUAACCCCUCACCUCCUCGAUGAUGCAUCUCAUUCUUGUGUAUUUCAUUCUUACACGCAUCCUUUUCUGAUCUGCGCCUUUUUCCGAUUGGAAAAUCUGCAAAGAAUUGAAAUGUAUUUCCACGGUGGACUCAUGAAGCAAUUUAAAAAGACUAAAUGGUAAUGACAUCAUUAUUAGUAGUAUUUUUUGUUUACUUUCUAUAGGACUUGGAAAUAAUUCCCCCCAAAAAUAUAUUCUAUAAAAAAAAAAAUUAGUUGUGUGCUUUUGUUCUUAAAAAAAAAUGACUAUAAGAAUAGAUUAGUGUA